UAUCAGUACUCGUCACUUUCGUAAAAUCAAUGUGGUUAUAGCCGCGUGAAAACCAUUUCUAAUGCACUUCGGUUUAUUUUAAAAAGUGAAUUGUUAUCUAUACACAUAUCUAUUGUUGCUAUAAAAUUGGGUUGAGUAAAUCAGUUAAUGAAUUGCAUGGAUUAAUCAAAAUUUGACUUAUUGUGCUCUAAUUUUUGAAAAUUGCACCGGCUGCUUGCAAGGGGUCCGUUCUGUGUUACUUCGCGAGAAACCAAUAAUCUGCAUGUGUGAGUAAAAGAAACGAUCGACGAGUCACUCCGCGUGUUUGCGGUAGUGUAAAGAGGACGGGCGCUGAAAUUGGACGCGAAGCUAGCAGCAGUGUUUUCUGCCAUCGCCGCCGUCGUGGAAAUUUGCGAAAAAGUAAACCCGCUGAAUUUGCUGAAUGUACGCCACCGAGAAACGGGAUAGUUUUCUCUUUUGAAGUGCAUCAUCAACCGGAAGUUUCAGGUGUUGGAUUGCAGAUAUUUGUUACUUUAUCCAGCAUUGGAACUAGGUUGGAUCAGGAAAUUUGUUAUUUCUCAAUUAUUGCUGUAAGCCAAAAUGGGCGCGUAUCUUUCGGAACCGCUCACGACAAAGGACUCUAGUGACGAGGCAAAUGACGUUCUAGGGACCGGUUCCAGCUCGAUGCAAGGCUGGAGAAUUAGUCAGGAGGACGCUCAUAACUGUAUACUGAACUUCGAUGAGAAUACAUCAUUUUUCGCUGUGUACGAUGGGCAUGGUGGUUCGGAAGUUGCACAAUACUGCAGCAUGCACCUACCAACCUUUCUGAAAACGCUGAGCUCGUACAAAUCAAAGAACUUUGAGCAAGCUCUCAAGGAUGCUUUUAUUGGGUUUGAUGCAACUUUGUUGGAAGACAAAAUAAUUGAGGAACUAAAGAAGUUGUCGGACAAAACCAACGGGGAGGAAGCAGUCGAUGACGAUGAGGAUGAAGAGGAAGACGAUAAUGUUGACGAUCUGUGCAAGGAGGCUUGUAUGCCACUUAACGAGGUUCUACAGAUGUAUAAAAAGGAUAAAAAAAAUCCAGCACUCAACAAAAUCAAGGAGGGCAACUGUUCUAAGCCGUUGUCACCAUUUCUAAAGGGUAAGCGAAAAGGAUUACUUUCUGAGGAAGCCAGUGACGAGGCGGGACCUAGCUCUAGUAAUGCCGAUGCCUCCCCAUCUGGAUCAUCCUCUGCAGAAGCCGAUGUGAGCAGCGACAAGAAAACUGGCAUUCCAGAUGCAGCUGAUUCCACUGUUAGUAGCUCAAGCAAUAAAACCGAUGAGACUUUGCAGAAACCAGAAUCAUCAUCUACAUCUGAUGCAACGGUAGCAGAGCAAGAUGAUGAGAUCAGUGAUACUGAUGGUAUUGUGCCUGUCAAAAUAACUAAAGAGGAAUGCGCUCCUGAUAGUUCAUCUUCGUCGAAACCAGACGAAGAGGCCAAGCCGAACGUUGAACAAGUGAAAUCUUCAACACCUACCGUCAACGGCGAUCCUGCCGAGUCAGGAAAUAAAUCUACAGUUUCAUCGUCUUCAGCUGCAAAUCAGGAAAACGGAGUCGUUUCAAGCAAUACAAGCGCCGGCAGCAGUGGUAAUUCCGAUAUUGCAGGUUCAUCAGCUGCAAGCAAGAGUGGAGCAAAGGUAGUUAGCUCUUCACCAGGAUCAUCAACAUCGUCUCCCGCCGUCGCCAGUAAUGGCCCAAACGCGGUGGAUGAUGACUCCGAAGAAGAUGAUACUGAUACAGAUGAAGAAUUUCCCCCAGUAGCCGACGCCAACGAGACUUCGAGCACUGAAGAUGGCGAAGAAGAUCCCUAUUGUGAGGAAGCAAGCGAAGAGGAUGAGGAAGAUGAUGAUCUCGAGUAUAAUGAAGAUGAAGAGGAGUACAUGAACGAAGCGGAUGAAGCCUUCAUGAACAAUAUCACCGACGAACCGGGCAAGGAUAGCGGUUGCACUGCUGUUGUCGCACUUCUUCACGAUAAAGAAUUGUUUGUGGCUAAUGCCGGUGAUUCAAGAUGUGUUGUUUGUCGCGAUGGGAAAGCUCUGGAAAUGAGCUUUGAUCAUAAACCGGAAGAUCAAAUUGAGUUUGAUCGGAUACAGAAAGCUGGCGGUCGAGUAACGUUGGACGGUCGCGUUAAUGGUGGACUGAAUUUAUCUCGCGCAAUCGGUGAUCAUGGUUACAAGAUGAAUAAGAAGCUGCCGCCAGAGGAGCAGAUGAUCUCUGCCUUGCCAGAUAUCAAACAAAUUACCAUUGGACCAACAGACGACUUCAUGGUAUUGGCCUGCGACGGGAUUUGGAACUUUAUGACAAGCGAUGAUGUCGUUGAAUUCGUACAAGAACGAAUCCGGGACCCUACGAAGAAAUUGUCUGAAAUCUGCGAAGAAAUGUUUGAUUACUGCUUAGCACCGCAUACGAAGGGUGAUGGGACCGGCUGCGACAAUAUGACAGCGAUCAUCGUUCAAUUCAAGCCAAACUUUACUGGUUCGGCUUCGAGGAAACGAGCUGCUUCGACAGAAUCAGAGAUCACUGAAGAUUGUAAGAAAGCAAAAACAGAAGCGGGAGCCAGUUCAACAACCGGCGGAAAGGGAAGCAGCUGUAAGACAACAACCACAAGCAGUUUCGACGAAAAGGAAGCAGCCGCUGCGGUAGCUUCUAUCGAAUCUAGCUCACCAAUGGACAGCAGCGAUAAUACAGCUUCGUCAUCGACGUGAAUCCGUAACUCGUACAUACACACUGACAAUUUCAUCUCUUCGUUUUUUCACAAUCCCAGUUAGUUGAUCCGUUUCCAUAACCUUUUCUCCAUUUAUUUUGAAUUGAAACAUAGUUCGUACGUUCUGUUUCUACUCAUUCAUUUAGGAAUGAGCUAUCUCAUUGUGUCAUCACAUUGCCCAUUAAUUCUUCUUUCAAGAAAAGUUUGUCAAUUCUAAAUUGUUCACUGUUAAACAUACCCAUGUGUAGUAACGUGUAAGAUUAAUAUUGGAAUAUAGAAUAUGAGUAAUUGUAGUAAGAUACAUUCACACACACUUAACGAACACUAUUAUUGCUUAUGUUCAGUAUUUGGAAAAGUAGGUACCAAAAUUUUCAAAAACUAUGUAGGUAUUGCAGAUUCUAUUUUAUUUUAAUCAUACAACUACCAACUGAAAAAAUCACGUGAAUAGCACGCGUAUUGGUUGGUUAGCAAUUUUUAAGUAAUUGUAUUAAUGCUGGCGAUCAAAUAAUCUGAACUCUAUUUGUUUGUGAAGUCAAAAGGACAAAAUUUUACAACAUUGAAUAAGCAGUGUAGAGCCGAUAACAUAAAAAUAAACAGCACGCAUCUGUAGUAAAUAUUACGUGUAGACCAACGGCUCGAGUAAAUUUUCCCAGCUCUUGUAAAUAUUACUUGAACGGUUCUUGGUUACACUGGGAUGCAAAAAUUGUGUCGUAGCAUGUCGUCGAAAAGUUGGAACUAAUUUAACAACAAACCGUAAUGGUAGACAGGAAUUCAAAGUAUGUUCUGCCCCUGCUAUAAGCGCUUCAUUAAAAUUGUAGUGUAUUUGAAAAAGGGCAAUAAAGUGUUCUAAUCUA